CAGAGGUCAGGAGUGGAGCAGCCUCUCUGGCCCGGGCCGGCGCGGGAGGGCAGUGUGAUGGCCUCGGAGCGCCCGGAGCCAGAGGUAGAAGAAGCUGGGCAGGUGUUUCUGUUAAUGAAAAAAGAUUAUCGAAUCUCCCGAAAUGUUCGCCUGGCUUGGUUCCUUAAUCAUCUGCAUCAAACUGUUCAGGCCACACCCCAAGAGUUCCUGCUUCAGUCUGAGCAGGAAUUGGAAGUCCUCAGUGUUUUGCCCCCUGGAUGGCAGCCAGAUGAACCAGUGGUCCCAAGGCCCUUCCUUCUUGUCCCUUCCACCCGAGUCACCUUCCUGGCUUGGCAGUAUCGUUUUGUUAUUGAGCUGGACCUCAGCCCAUCUACUGGCAUCGUGGAUGAUUCCACGGGGGAGAUCUUGUUUGAUGAAGUUUUCCAUGCUCUGUCCCGUUGUCUGGGUGGGCUGCUUCGGCCCUUCCGAGUGCCUGGAUCCUGUAUCGACUUCCAGCCUGAGAUCUACGUAACAAUCCAGGCCUAUUCCUCCAUUAUUGGCCUGCAGUCCCACCAGGUUCUGGUGCAGGGUUGCCUUUUGGACCCUUCCCAGCGGGAGGCAUUCCUGCAGCAGGUGUAUGAGCAGCUCUGCCUCUUUGAGGAUAAGGUGGCCACUAUGCUGCAGCAGCAGUAUGAGCCCCAGAGCCAGGCAGAAGACCAGUCCCCAGAAUCAGGGGAGUCCUUGGGCCGGAAGGUAGGCGUCUCCAUGGUGACAGCUGAUCUUGGGCUGGUCAGUAUGAUUCGUCAGGGCAUCUUGGCGCUGCAGCUACUGCCCUCAAACUCCAGUGCAGGUAUCAUCGUGAUCACAGAUGGGGUCACCAGUGUCCCUGAUGUUGCUGUGUGUGAGACACUACUGAACCAGCUCCGCAGCGGCACUGUGGCUUGUUCCUUCGUGCAGGUGGGAGGAGUUUACUCUUACGAUUGUAGCUUUGGCCAUGUGCCCAAUGUGGAAUUGAUGAAGUUCAUUGCAAUGGCGACAUUUGGCUCCUACCUGUCCACUUGUCCUGAACCCGAGCCAGGCAACCUGGGUCUGACUGUCUACCACCGGGCAUUUCUGCUCUACUCCUUUUUGCGCAGUGGGGAAGCCCUGAACCCUGAAUACUACUGUGGUUCUCAGCACCGCUUGUUUAAUGAGCACCUGGUCUCCGCAAGCAGCAACCCUGCCCUGGCCUUGCGCAGAAAGAAGCACACUGAGAAAGAGGUGCCAGCUGACUUGGUCAGCACUGUGUCUGUACGCCUACGAGAGGGCUACAGUGUCCGAGAGGUUACGCUAGCCAAAGGAGGCUCCCAGCUGGAGGUGAAGCUUGUGCUGCUGUGGAAACACAAUAUGCGCAUCGAGUAUGUGGCUGUGGCACCCUGGCCCCUAGAACCUGAGGGCCCUCGAGUUACACGGGUAGAAGUGACAAUGGAAGGCGGCUAUGACAUUUUACAUGACGUGUCCUGUGCACUGAGACAACCUAUUCGCUCACUGUAUCGUACUCAUGUUAUCCGCCGGUUCUGGAACACACUGCAGAGCAUUAACCAGACAGAUCAGAUGCUGGCCCACCUUCAGUCCUUCUCCUCAGUGCCGGAACACUUCACACUUCCCGACAGCACCAAGAGUGGAGUGCCCCUCUUCUACAUUCCUCCUGGCUCCACCACCCCGGUGCUUUCCCUUCAGCAUAGUGGUUCCGACUCAUCCCAUGCCCAGUUUGCUGCCUACUGGAAGCCAGUGCUUUCCAUGGAUGCUAAUUCCUGGCAGAGAUGGCUGCACAUGCAUCGCCUGGUGCUAAUCCUGGAGCAUGACACACCACUCCCUAAGCACUUGCACACCCCGGGCAGCAAUGGCCGCUAUAGCACUAUCCAGUGCAGAAUCUCACACUCCUCACUGACCUCUCUGCUGCGGGACUGGAGCAGCUUUGUGCUGGUCGAGGGCUAUUCCUACGUCAAGCUGCUCUCCAGUGGCCCAGACCAGCCCCCUUCCUCCUUCUACAUGGUCCGCAUCAUUUCCAAGACCCCAUGUAUGGUUCUUCGUCUGGGGUUUCCAAUUGGCACACCAGCCCAGGCCCGGCAUAAGAUUGUGUCAGGCCUGCAGGAAGAGAUCCUGCGCCUUCGUUUCCCUCACCGGGUGCAAAGUAAGGAGCCGACACCCAAGGUGAAGCGAAAAGGACUAGGGGGCAUUGGUGGUGGCAACUCUCCCUCCAAGUCACCCCCCACACUGGGGCCACAGCAGGCCCUGUCUGAUCGGCCGUGUCUUGUAGUCCUUCAUAAACCACUAGACAAGCUCCUUAUCAGGUAUGAGAAGCUACCCCUGGACUACAGAGCACCCUUCUUGCUGACACUGGAGCCACCAGGACCAUUGCCCCUGGUGUCGGGCCGCUCAGCCUCAUCCAGCCUCGCAUCGCUGUCACGCUACCUCUAUCAUCAUCGCUGGCUGUGGAGUGUCCCAUCAGGCCUGGCCCCAACCCUGCCGCUCAGCGCCAUCGCCCAGCUCCUCUCUGUUCUCACAGAGGUCCGGCUUUCUGAAGGAUUCCACUUUGCCUGUAGCGGAGAAGGAAUCAUCAACAUGGUUUUGGAGCUUCCUGUUCAGAAUGAACCACUGGGGCAGGCUGCAGCUGAAGAGAAGCACACAUGUGUUGUCCAGUACAUCCUCUUCCCCCCACACUCUACCUCCACUAAAGACAGCUUCUCAACAGAUGAUGACAAUGAUGUGGAGGUGGAGGCCCUAGAGGGGGAUUCAGAGCUCAAUCUGGUCACCGAGGUAUGGGUGGAGCCUCAAUAUGGACGAAUUGGACCUGGCCCUGAAAGCUGGAAACACCUGCAGGAUUUGACCUACUCUGAGAUCCCUCAAGCUCUCCACCCACGGGAUGCUGCCUGCAUAGGUUCCCUGCUGACCUUUGAAUACCUGAUACAGCUGUGUCAGAGCAAGGAAUGGGGUCCUGUGCCCCCAGAGCCACGGGUCUCAGAUGGACUGGACCAAGGAAGAGACUCCUGUGUCCAUGAGAUCCCUUUCCAGUUUGACCUGCUAGGGUUGUUGCCGCAGUGCCAGCAGCUGCAGAUGUUUCUCCUUCUGCUCUCCAGAGAGCCAGAGGGUGUGCCUCUCACCGAGGGGCCCUGUCCCACCAACGACAUGGUGCUGUGCCUGCUGCACAGCUGCCUGGGGCAGGAGCUAAGUGACCGAGAGAUCCCACUGACUCCCGCUGACCAGGCUGCCUUCUUGAAUGAGAUCCUGCGGCGGAGCUGCCGUGAUUCAGGUCCAGAAGGUCCUCUAGUGGGGGGCCACACGGCCCCGAAGGAUCCAGCAAGCAACAGCCGCCAGGCCACUGGAGACUCUGCCCUUCCUACCCCGAGUGUAGGCAUUCCUGGGGUUCUCAGGCCUUCCCCGUCUGCCCAGACCCCUCAGUGGCACUGCUAUGCAAGGCUUCUGAGCCCCCAGCACGUGUUUCUGACUUUUCUCCCAGCUACCUUCACAGAUGUCCAACAUCUGGCAGCCUAUGGCCUGGAGGGUUCCUUUCAAGAAGAAACAAAACCUAAGUUUGGGGAUUGGAAUGCAGUUCCCAGCCUGAAAGACCUGGGCGGGACUGGAGCUAAGGCUACAAAGUCCCAGGUUCCCAUCCUCAGUGUAACACUUGCUAGUGACAGUUCCCAGGACCCAGGAGAGCCAAGCCCGGCCUCCUGCCAAGACUUAUUGGCUUACAGUGGCCGCCAGGCUCCUCAGACAGAGGGUGCAGAUGGGCCCCGGACCCGGUGUCCUGUCUACAUCUAUAGCUGUUCUCUGGAAGCACUGAGGGAGCAAAUGGUUGGCUUGCAGCCUCCUCAAGCACCACGAGAUCUCAUAUUCCGGACUCAGUACCUGGACCACCCCUCAUCCUCAGCCUGGAUGGAGCCCAGGUACAAAGAGGCAGCCACCCACUGCGCCUUGCUGCAGGAACACGCACAGCGGUGCUAUGUCCGCGGGCUAUUCCGAAGCUUACAACAAUCACAGAGAGUGGCCUGCCAAGAUUUGCUGACAGCUGUAGAUGCCUGCGAGGAGCUACUACAGGAAGUGGACAUCACCUCUUUUCUGCUGGCACUGUGUGGCCAUACUUGGGGUUUGCCUCAUGCACCCCCAAGCCCUGGUCCUCUCAGUCCAGGGCCCUUCAGCAGUAGCAUCGAAGAAGGACCAGAGCCCCGGGAACGAGCUAUCCUAGUUUCUGAGUCCAGCAUAGAGACUGAGGACCUCAGUGAGCCUGAGUUCCAGAGCACCCGGGUCCUUGGGAAUCCAGACCCUGGUCCGGAGAUUUCUCUGACAGAUGUCUGCCAGCUUAAAGGAGAGGCACAUGAUGCCCUUCAUGGCCUCAUCCAGGAGAAGUUCCUGGAGAUCAGUCGCCUCCACUUCCGCACAGUGCCCUCCAAUCCCCACUACUUCUUCUAUUGCCCUCCAUCCAGUCGGCGAGAGGAUGAGGGACCUCGAGACACUGUAGACAGAAAAGUCAGUGACCUGGAGUUUUCAGAGGCUGAGCUCGUGGGAGAGGAAGGGGACACGUCUGCCUGUUGUGUGGUCACCGAAAGUGAUCCAGAGCUGGAGGUGGAAUACCGUGAGAGCCGGGAACCAGACCAGGGGCCUGCUGGGCUAGACUCCGCAUCUCUGUCAGAUGCAGACACCGUGAACCCCGAUGAAGACUCCUUCAGUAUCUUAGGGGGUGACUCACCCACUGGGCCUGACAGCCUCAUGCAUGACCUGCCACCCCUCUUCCUACAUCUCACAUGCUCUGUGCGGUUGCGUGGGCAGCACAGCUCAGUGCCUGUCUGCAGCCUGCCCACUUGCCUGGGCCAGGUACUCUCCAGUCUAGAGGGACCCCCAAUUGGAGGCAGAGUCCCCUUGAGGGACCUCAGUAUCACUCUCGAUGUCUUUGUGUUGACGUUACCCCUGGAAGUGGAACUCCCCCCAGCCACGGACCCUCAGCACCAUCGGUCAACAUCUGAGAGCAGCACUUCAUUCCCACGGUCCCCAGGGCAGCCAUCAUCUUUAAGGUCAGAUGAUGGCCUAGGGCCCCCACUACCACCCCCAGAAGAAGAGAGGCACCCAGGACUGUCCAGUCUGGCCACACCCCACAGACUGGCUAUUGAGAACACAAUGAAUGAGAUCCGCUGGUUGUUAGAAGAUGAGAUGGUAGGGGCUCUCCGAAGAGGGGGCAUGCCCCAGAGCGCCGCCCUACACCGAGCAGCUGCCCACAUUCAUAGCUCUUCAGGACGCUCUACCUGCCUUCGCCAAACUCCCCCUCUGAGUUUUGUGUUUGGGCCAGAACGCUCCCUCACGCAGUUCAAGGAGGAGUUCCGACGCCUUCACCUCCCUGGCCAUGUUCUCCUUGAGGAUCCUGACAGUGGCUUCUUCUUUGUGGCAGCUGGCCAACAACCAGGUGGACUCCAUGGGGAGCCCCCCUCAGCGACCUGGGCUUGGCACAGCCAUGAAGACAAGGCUGAAGAUGCUGAAGGGGAGGUCUUGAUAGCCAGCCCCCAAGUCCCUGGCUCCCUGGAGGAUUCUGAAAGCACCCCCCUCGUCAGCCUGCCUGGCUUGUCACAGGGAGGCAGUCAGCCUGGGCCUACCCGGGGUCUAAGCCUUAUGUCCAGUCAAGGCAGUGUGGACUCAGACCACCUAGGUUACGAUGGUGGCAGCAGUGGCUCAGACAGUGAGGGGCCCAGUGAGACCCUUGGUGAGAAAGCCCCCUUCACACUUCGGACUCCACCUGGACCAGUACCCCCACAGCCUUCAUUCUCAGGCCUUCCUGGACCCUCCCUGCCUGACUUCUGGCUCAUCGUCAGGAUACUGCAGGAUCGUGUGGAAGUAUAUGCACAUGCACGGAGCCUGAUUCGGGAGGAUGGCGGGCCUGGCACUGAGUGUCGCCACCUGCAGCAGCUCCUGGUGAGGCGUGUUGGGGAGAUCUGCAGAGAGGUCAACCAGCGACUGCUCCUUCAGGACCUUCAUGACAGUCACGUUUGUAACUCCCUCUUGGUGGCCGAGAGUGAAGAAGAUCUCUGGCGUAGUGAGACGCCUUUCCAUUCCCGUCAGCGGGCACCCCUGCCCAGUGGUGGUGUGAUGCGGGCAUCCCUGCCCAGGGAUGGUAAGGAGGCUGAGACCUGGGUAUCCUGUUUGUCACCCAUACUGCCCGUCUCUGCAGAUUACGCGGCCGAUGAGAGCUGUGCUCCCCGAGGAUACCUAGCAGCCACAAUGCAGUUUGUCCCAGGCCAUUUCUCCUGUGACGUUGUAUGGGGAACUGUGAUCCGAGUCCAUUCACGCCUCAAGAUGGGACCCAGCAUGGGGGUUUCUCGGGCUAUCCAGGCCCUGCGCUCUGUGCUCAAUGCCUUCUCUGUAGUGAACCGGAAAAAUAUGUUUGUUUAUCAAGAGCGAGCAACAAAGGCCGUGUACUAUCUUCGGCUUCUGGAGACAUCUUGCAGUGACCGACCAUGGGAAGGGGAUUCUCUGCCCCCAUCCCUAGCUUUGUCCCGAAGCCAAGAACCCAUCUCCUCUGAGGAUUCCUUGGGUCCUCGCUCUCCUCUGGACAUGGCUUCCAGCCGCAGUCCUGAUGCUGUUCGCCCUGUGGGCCAAGUAGACAGACAUAUCCAGCUGCUGGUGCAUGGCGUAGGGCAGGCAGGUCCUGAAAUCACAGAUGAAUUGGUGAGGGUUCUGCGUCGGCGUCUGGAUGAGGCCACACUGGAUGUCAUCACAGUCAUGCUGGUUCGGAACUGCAAGCUGACCCCAGCUGACGUAGAGUUCAUCCAACCUCCUGGAAGCCUCCCCUCAGAGGUGCUGCAUCUGGCCCUGCCCCCAUCCUGCAGACCCUGGCUUCCCGCCCUGGCCUGGUACCUCCGUCAAAACUUACUCACCUUCCUGCACUCACCCAAGUACACAGACAGCAAUAGCCGGAACCACUUCCAGCAUCCACUCCCACCACAGGGCGGCCUCCCUGACUUGGACAUCUACUUGUAUAAUAAACCUGGUGGACAGGGCACUGGUGGCAAAGGAGUUGCCUGCAUCACUCUAGCCUUUGUGGAGGAAGGAGGAGCCCCCAUCUCACUAGCACUGUGGCCCCCCUCUUCUCCGGGGCCUCCAGACCCCCUUCAAGAGGAAGAAUUUGAGCAGCUGACUCAGGUCAUUCGCUGCCCGAACAUGUUAGAUGGUGCUUCAGCUCAGGAUGGGUCCCCACGGCUUCGACUGGAUGUGUGGGAAAAGGGGAACAUUAGCAUCGUACAGCUGGAGGAGAAGCUCCGGGCUGCAGCUCGCCAGGCCCUGGCUGACGCCAUCAUGGAGCUGAGACUGUUGCCAGCUUCACUGUGUACAGAAGACAUACCUCCAGGAAGUCUCAGAAGUGGGCCAUUGGAAACUAAGAACCCUGCCUGCCGCGCCAGCACCUUUCCCUCUACCGCUGUGUCCGGGGAGCCUGUGACUCCACCCAGCAGAGCCAGCCGUCGAAGCUUCUGGGAUAUGCUGAGUAAAACAGAAGGUGGAGAUUUGGGCUCCCCCAAAACAACUGAUGAUAUUGUCCUGGAUCGGCCAGAAGAUACUCGGGGUCGGAGACGUCAUAAAACUGAGAACGUUCGGACCCCAGGUGGAUCUGAGCGGGCACCAGGCUCAGAUUCCGGAGCCCAGAGACAAAGACGCCGGACAACACAGCUAGAGGAGGGCGAGGUGGGGACUCUGCACCCUGUGUUUGCUCGUGUCAUUCAGCGCUGGAUGGGAUUUAUGGUUCAGAUUGGGUGUGCCUCGGUGUCCAGGAGCUCCUCGCACAUGGUGUCCCGGUUCCUCCUCCCAUCCAUCCUGUCAGAGUUCACCGCCCUAGCCAUCUCAAUGGCUGGAGACACCAGUGUCCGUGUCUUUGAGCAGCAUUUAGGUUCUGAGCCGGAUACCUUCAGCCCUUGUUCCCCAGGGCAGCUGGGCCCAGCCCCCCGCCCAGCAGUGGAGCGGCACCUGCUUCUUCUGGGAAGGAACUUCGCACAGUGGAGGAGACCAACCCAGCAGGCUGCCAAAGCUGUGCAGCGCUUUGAGUCAGGAGGAGAUGGAAUCCCAGGACGAGGUGCUCCCCGGCAAAGGCUCUUACUACUCGAGGUCAUAGACAAGAAGCUACAGUUGCUGACUUACAACUGGGCUCCAGACCUGGGUGCGGCAUUAGGUCGAGCUCUGAUCCGCCUUGUGCAGUGGCAGAACGCACGAGCCCAUCUCAUCUUCUGUCUGCUCAGCCAGAAGCUCGGGCUCUUCCAUCACUGUGGCCAGUUGGAUUUUCCUGUGCGAGAUGGAAAGGAGCCAAACCCAUUCUUGCUGCCGACCAUGGACGUGGAGACCCUCAUCCGGAACGCAAGCCCUCCACUGAGUCGCGAACAGGGCCGGCUCAGUGGAUCCUCUCGUGGUGGAGGUCCCCUUCCCCUGGACACAUUUCCCUUUGAUGAAGCCCUGAGGGACAUCACAGCUGCUCGCCCCAGCUCCACGGUUGGUCCUGUGCCCAGACCUCCAGAUCCUGUCACCUACCAUGGGCAGCAGUUCUUAGAAAUCAAGAUGACCGAGCGAAAAGAGCUGGAGCGCCAGAUGAAGAUGGAGAACCUGUUUGUAACAUGGCAGCAGCGGUCUGCGCCAGCCAGCAUGCCCAUCAGUGCUGGGGAGCUGGAGACCCUGAAGCAGUCAUCCCGCUUGGUGCAUUACUGUGCGACAGCCCUGCUCUUUGACCCAGCUGCCUGGCUGCAUGGACCCCCAGAGACUUCUGUGCCUGCAGAGGGGCAGCGGCGACAUCGCCCUGAGUCAGGAUCUGGGGGUCGAGAGGGUCCCACAAGCUGCGAAUCCUUGGAUGUGCCUCCCCCAGUAGCCCGAGAGGAGCCAUGGCUGAAGGAGCUGAGCUUGGCCUUCCUGCAGCAAUAUGUGCAGUAUCUACAGAGCAUCGGCUUUGUGCUGGUCCCACUUCGGCCCCCAUCACCUACCCGCAGCACCAGCCGGCUACGGGCUAUGGCUGUCCUUGGAACAGAGGGUCGUGGCUCCUUCUCCUUCCCUAAAGCCCAGACUGAGGGGAGCCCUAAGAGCACUGGCACCCCAGCCACUACCUACCACCUGCAGCGGGCACUGCCUGGGGGCAUCAUCCUCAUGGAGCUGACAUUCCAGGGCUGUUACUUCUGUGUCAAACAGUUUGCUCUGGAAUGUUCCCGAAUUCCAAUGGGACAGGCUGUCAACUCUCAGCUGUCCAUGCUCUUCACAGAGGAGUGUGACAAGGUCCGUGACCUGAUGCACGUGCACUCCUUCAGCUAUGACUUCCACCUGCGCCUUGUGCACCAGCAUGUGCUCGGUGCCCACCUGGUGCUGCGCCAUGGCUACCACCUCACCACCUUCCUGCAGCAUUUCCUGGCCCACCACCCUGAUGGACCCCACUUCGGCCGCAAUCACAUUUACCAAGGGACACUGGAGCUCCCCACCCCACUCAUUGCUGCCCACCAGCUGUACAACUAUGUGGCCGACCAUGCCAGCUCUUACCACAUGAAGCCAUUGCGAAUGGCCCGGCCCGGUGGCCCAGAGCAUAACGAAUAUGCCCUGGUGUCAGCAUGGCACAGCUCUGGCUCCUAUCUGGACUCUGAGGGACUUCGCCAUCAGGAUGACUUUGAUGUGUCUCUGCUUGUCUGUCACUCUGCUGCACCCUUUGAGGAGCAAGGAGAAGCUGAGCGACAUGUUCUGAGGCUUCAGUUCUUCGUGGUGCUCACCAGCCAACGAGAACUCUUCCCAAGACUCACUGCUGACAUGCGCAGAUUCCGGAAACCAUCCAGGCUUCCCCCUGAGCCAGAGGCUCCUGGGAGCUUGGUUGGUAGCCCUGGGGAGGCAUCAGGGAUUAUGCUGACCCCAGGGCCAGCUCCUCUGUUCCCACCACUGGCCACAGAAGUGGGUAUGGCCCGGGCACGUCUGGCUCAGCUGGUUAGGUUGGCUGGUGGGCAUUGCCGGCGGGAUACCCUCUGGAAGCGCCUCUUCUUGCUGGAGCCAGCAGGGCCUGACCGGCUAAGACUCGGGGGGCGCCUAGCCCUGGCAGAGCUGGAGGAGCUCCUGGAGGCAGUCCACGCCAAGUCCAUUGCGGACAUUGACCCCCAGCUGGACUGCUUCCUGUCCAUGACGGUCUCCUGGUACCAGAGCCUCAUCAAGGUUCUCCUGAGUCGAUUCCCCCAAAGCUGCCGCCAUUUUCAGAGCCCGGACAUGGGAACCCAGUACCUGGUUGUGCUGAAUCAGAAGUUCACCGACUGUUUUGUGUUAGUGUUUCUGGACUCACACUUGGGAAAGACGUCUCUGACGGUGGUUUUCCGAGAACCCUUCCCAGUGCAGCCCCAGGACAGUGAGAGCCCCCCAGCCCAGCUGGUCUCUACCUAUCACCACUUGGAAUCUGUCAUCAACACAGCCUGUUUCACCCUCUGGACCCGCCUCCUCUGAGAAAGUGGACUACUGACUUCAUUGGCUGAACUGUGGAUCUAUAAGCGUGCCAUUUGAGGCACGACAGACCAGCAUUUAUGAACCCCGAGUCCUCAGACACAGUGACAGCAAGGAUUGUGACUGUCUGGGGAACUGCUGCUACAGUCUGGCAACAGGGACCACCCUCCUUCCUGCCCAGCUGGUGGGGCCCCAGGGAGCUUCACGUGAACUGGCAGGCACUCACCCCUUAGAACACCUGACUCAGAGUUGUGACUGUGUGCAACCUGCAUCCUUGGCCCUCUGGUCCUUGCUCUCACUUGGCCAUCACUGUUGAACAUUACUCUUGCGAUAAGACACUGGCUCUAAUCUUGGCCCUGCCUCUCAGGCACCUGUGACCAGAGUUUACCUCCCACCCCCACUGGACCUUUGGUUCCUUGUCUGUAGAUAAGGAGGGCCAAGAAGCUCUGUGUAUACACAGCAACCCUGGCAGCGACUGGAGGAUUUGAGCUUGAGC